AUGAGAAUUGGUUUAUCAAAACUGGCUAUGUUACACAGUAAAGCAACAGGGAAAGCUGGGGAUUCAUCUCAAGGUAAUAGCAUUUAUCAGCUGGAUAUGAUCAAGCGUCUCAAAUCUUCAUAUCCCAAUUUACAAGUAAUCGGAGGCAAUAUUGUUACUUGUGCUCAAGCAAAAAACCUAAUCGAUGCGGGCGCUGAUGGUUUACGUGUUGGAAUGGGUAGCGGGUCAAUUUGUAUUACUCAAGAAGUUACAGCUAUUGGAAGAUCACAAGCUAAAGCUGUUUAUAAGGUGUCUGAAUAUGCUCACAAGUACGAUAUUCCUGUGAUUGCUGACGGAGGGAUUCAAAAUGCUGGACAUAUUGUUAAAGCUUUGAGUUUUGGUGCAUCUGCAGUUAUGAUGGGUGGACUUUUAGCUGGAACAACUGAGUCACCUGGAGAAUAUGUAUUUUCGGAUGGUAUACGACUGAAAAAGUACAGAGGUAUGGGAAGUCUGGAGGCUAUGUCUCAGCAUACAGAAAGUCAGGCUAGAUAUUUCAGUGAAUCGGAUCGUGUUAAAGUUGCUCAGGGUGUUUCAGGGACAAUUGUAGACAGAGGAUCUGUACACCAACUUGUACCCUAUCUAGUCGCGGGUGUUAAACAUGGAUUACAACAAGUUGGUGCUAGAAAUAUAACUGAAUUGUAUGAAAUGUCACAAAAUGGGAAAUUACGCUUUGAACAUCGAAGUCCAUCGGCUCAAAUUGAAGGUGGAGUGCACAGUUUACAUUCUGAUUGAAUAAAAUUUUUAAUAACUGAUUAGUUCAGUGGAUCUUUAAAUCGAUAUGUGUUGAUAUGGCCGGUAAUAUGCCCUGGUGAACUUCAAAUUAUGUAAGCCUAAAGUAUUACAGAAACCUUCUCUACAGGUCAGAACCAACGAGUUGGCAGAAGAAGCGGCGAAGACAAGAUUACAA